AUGUUUGCAAUUCCUGGGUAUGGGCCCACAACCAUCACCCACAGCAAAUACGUUGAGCUCAAUGGUGAAGAUGCGAAGAAGCACAAGAAGAUCUGCAUCAACAUCACAAACAAAGAAAACAAGUCCAAGAUCAAAGGGACAAUAUUCUGGUACUUCGCUGAAAAACACAACCAGAAAGAAGUCAUUAUGUCCUACAAAUUGGAGACGCCUUUCACUGGUAUGAUGGAAGAUAAAAUCAGCUUGUUCCCUACUUCCAUCACGAGCCCUUACCGGUACCACUUGGAUCAGUUUCUGCAUGAAGACACUCUUGGUGGUCAGGGACUACUCGGAUUUGCUGGUCAAGAAGAUCUGGGACUGCUGAUAAUUAAAUUCCACGACGACUUCAGAAUGGCUGCUGCGGUCAUGGAGAAGCACUCCAAUUUUCGUGGGUCUCUGUCCUCUGUUAUAGGGUCUUUGGCUCACUUUACUUUCGGCUCCAGAGUAUGA